GGAGUGUUUGAUGGGAGCGAGGACCGUACACUCGAAUCUGAGAGCCAAACUAUCCCACCCCCAACCCGGUAAGCUCUGCUCUGUUCACCUCGUCGGCCGGCGCCGCCGCGUGUUUGCUGCUUGCUUCCCGUCCCCUCGUCGGAGAGGAUGCUGGCGACGGCGGCGCGGUGGGCGGCGAAGAAGGGGAAGCCGAAGAUGGCGCCGAUCGAGCUCCCGGCGCCGCCGGAGCAGGCGCAGUCCAUCACGCGCACCAUCUUCGACGUCGUCAGGGAGCACGGCCCGCUCACCAUCUCCGACGUCUGGGACCACGUCAAGGACGUUGGGCUGAGGGGCCUGACGAGCAAGAGGCAGAUGAAGAUCAUGAUGCGGUGGAUGCGGGAGAAGCAGAAGCUCCGCCUCAUCUGCGACCACGACGGGCCGCACAAGCAGUUCCUCUACACCACCUGGUUCACCAAUCCCAAGAACGCGCCGCAGAGGCCCAAGAGAGAUCAUCAUCGGCAGCAGCAGCAGCAGCAGCAGUUCAGGGGAGAGCCUCGCAAACCAUGAAGGACGGGACGGCAAGAACAAUGAAGCUGAUGAAUGCAAAGCUUGCCAUCUGCCGUCCAGUGAGAUUCUUCAGCACUUGUGCUUCUCUGUGUCCUUCUGCUUGAGUGCUCUCGUUUGGGCGACCAAUGCAUAGUUUAUUGGGAUCUUCGAACACAAUAAUUUUGCAGAAUUUUCACCGGAUAACAGGACUUAGUUCAAAUCUUCCAAAAAUCCUGUAAAAUUUCCUCAGGGGCCAGGUGACUAGUACCGCUUUUGCUAGGCAGGAUCUUUUCUGUAGUUUGCUUGGGGAAAGAAUUUCAGCACAUGUUUUUGUACCCUCGUAACCUCGCCCUUAAAAGGUAUAGUAACUUUGUAACAGUGAUGUAGAACUAGAUAGUACAGCAUCCUUCUGAAUCUUCUUA